AUGAUUCUCACAGUUAUUGUUGGUUUUUUUCUAUUUAAUGCAAGUUUUUAUCUAUUGACUCAAUUUAUGUUGUAUUCUUCAACAACAACAACUACUACUGAGCCUACUACAAUUUCAACAACAAUAGAAAGUACAACAACUAUCGAAUCAACUACAGAAAAAUCUUACGAGCUUGGUUGCUUUUUCCAUACAACAAAUAUUACACUUGCUGAUGGUUCUAUUCGACCAUUAAAUUUAUUAACCGUCGGUGAAGAAGUUCUUGUUUAUUUAUCAUCUGGAAAAAUUCAAAAAAGUCGAGUAUUAACAAUAUUUCAUCAUCAACGUUCAUUGGUUCGUUUUUUGGAAAUAUAUACAGCAAACAAACAAGAACCACUUCGUCUGACACCGUCACAUUCAAUUCUCAUCAAGAAAAAUACUAAAAAACAAUCUUUUUAUCAUUAUAAUUUUGCAUAUAACAUCGCUAUCGGUGAUUUUGUUUUUUCAUCGAACCUAAAACCUUUACAAGUAGUUAAUAUAAAAGAAAUCAUACUUUAUAAUCAAACAAUUUCUACUCCAUUGACAUUUGAAGGGAAUAUUAUAGUGAAUAAUUUAAUAGCGUCAUGCUAUGCUACUUAUCGUCAUAAAUUUAUGCAUAUGCUAACAUUACCUCUUCGAUAUUGGUAUCAAAUAGAAACGUUUUCUCAGUUUAAUUAUUUAAUUGUUCUUUUAAUUGAUUUUUAUUCCAAGAUAAGUUUUUAA